AGAGAGAGACACACACAGCACAGCACAACACAACACAACACUGCGACACACCCAGAGAGAGAAAGAGAGAGAGAGACGCAGAGAGAUAUCUUUCGUCUUCUUCUUCUUUUUCUCCUCCUCUUCGCCGCAGAAGUAUCUGCAGACGCGGAACCAGGAAUACCCAUCUCCUAUCGGGCGCCAUAGAAGGUGGGAAACCGACCCAGAUUGGUUGGAUCUAGCGAUUUGCUCGAGCGAGAGCGGGAGGGGAGAGGUGGGACGGAGGGAGGAAUGGGGAGCAAAGGAGGCGGCGGCGGCGGCGGCGGCAAUGGAAUUUCGACAAUCCCCGCGGGGUCGAGGAAGAUUGUGCAGAGCCUGAAGGAGAUUGUGAACUGCCCGGAGCUGGAGAUCUACGCCGCCCUCAAGGAGUGUAACAUGGACCCUAACGAAGCCGUCAAUCGCCUCCUCUCUCAAGAUCCUUUUCAUGAGGUGAAGAGCAAGCGAGAAAAGAAAAAGGAGAGCAAAGACCCAACAGACUUGAGACCUCGCGGGGCUAUUACCACAUCAACUCGUGGUGGUCGGAGUGGUGCUGAACGCUAUGCUGGUCGUGGUCGUGCAAAUGUGCCAAGCUCUAAUGAGCCUGGUAAACCUCCAUAUAAGAAGGAAAAUGGGUCACAUGUUUACGCAGGUUCUUCAUCUUCUGCUUAUAUUAUGUCGGGAAAUAGUGUGAACCGGCAAAUCACGCACAGUGAUGCUUCGGCCUGGGAAAAUAAGGUGUCUGCAGUAGGUGAAAGUGAUCUCAUAUCUUCAUCAGUUCAGCCUUCACAAGGAUUGCAACGAGCUUGGGCAGGAGUCCCUGGUCAAGUAUCAAUGGCAGAUAUAGUGAAGAUGGGUAGGCCACAAGGCAAGGUUUCUGGGACCUCGAAUGCACCUAUUCAUCAAGGUGUCCUUCCGCCUUCUUCGGCAAUUUCACAUGAUGACUUUCAACAAUUGGAUCAAUCUUCUAGAGUAUAUAUGUCAGAUCCCAAUGAUGACUGGCCCUUGGAUGAGCAGCAGGCACCUCCUCCUAGUGAUGAGUGGCCUCCAUUUGAGAAUUCACGGACUGCAGUAUCCUCUACUUUGGAUUCACAAGUGGUGGAAUCAAAACUGUAUGGAGGUCCAUCUGACUUGCCCUUGGAUGGAAGCGGCCAGCAUUUGACAUCCGAGCUUGACAAUGUUCAUCUUUUAGAAGAUGGAUCUUUGGAAAACAAUGCAAACCACAUGGGACUUGCUUCAAUAUCCAACAGAAACAUUCAGGACGAUGAUGAUGUAGAGAGAUCUUAUUUGGAGAACAAUGUCUAUCAGAACAUCAACGCUUUCCAGCCUCACUUGCAUUCAUAUGAGCAUAAUGAAGCUGAAGAUGUUACGACAGUGGCUACAAACUUGCAACAACUAAAUUUACAGAACAGUGAUGAGGAAUCAUUAUCUGAGGAAGAUGGUCCUGCUGUAGUAAUUCCCGACCACUUGCAAGUCCAUACACCAGAUUGCCAGCACCUGAGCUUUGGUAGUUUUGGUUCUGGAGCUGGUGCUAGGACCUUGAAAAGUAAUUUGUCUGAAACACAACCAGUUACAGAUGCUUCUUCAGUUGCCCUGUCUGACACCAGAAAUACGGAACAUUAUGGUGAUGAGCAUCUUAGGCCCCCUUCAGAUGGAGAUGAUAUGCAUGUUACUGUUGCAAGUGCUGGGAGCUAUGAAGCUCCUUCAGCUUCUCAACCAGACUCGUUGAAGCAGCAGUCAGUUGAAACUACUUCAGGGAAUCAGUACAACUUCCCAUCAUCAGCACCUGGUUUCAGUUAUGAUAAUGCCCAACACCUAAAUGCUGCAUUUAGUCACCAGCAAACUAGCUCACAGUUGCAAAACCUUGCUUCUUUCUCCAGUGUACUGCCGUCGUAUUCAAGUUCAUUACCCAGUGCUUUAUUACCUUCAACUGUUCAGACAGGAAGAGAGUCUGAUUUUCCAUACUUGCCCUUCCCUGUGACGCAGUCAAUGCCCACAAAAUUCAGCAAUCCAACUUCUUCAAUGAGUAGUUCGGUCAUUUCUACACCAGAGGCUUUCAGAGCAGCUAAUAUCUCUGGAGCUCAGCAAACUCCCCAAAGCCUCUCCAAUGCUGGCCUCUCUGCAGGACCUGCUCUUCCUCAGCACCUUGCAGUGCACCCUUAUUCACAGCCUACCCUUCCUCUGGGCCAUUUUGCAAAUAUGGUCAGUUACCCUUUCUUGCCUCCGAGCUACUCAUAUGUGCCGUCAGCUUUCCAGCAAACAUUCACUGGCAAUAGCGCAUAUCAUCAAUCUUUAGCUGCUCUUCUUCCCCAAUACAAAAAUAGCCUCUCGUCUAGCAGCUUGCCUCAGUCUGGUGCGAUUCCUUCUGGUUAUGGGUUUAAUGGUUCAACGGGUAUUCCUGGAGGGAAUUUCUCACUAAAUCCACCAACUGCACCUGCGCCCACGACUUUAGGAUAUGAUGAUGCUUUGAGCUCACAGUACAAGGACGCCAACAGCUUACUGUCUCUUCAGCAGAACGAGUGGCUUCAAGGACCUGGUGCGCGUACAAUGCCUACAGUUGCAGCCAAUACAUAUUACAACUUCCAAGGGCAAGCUCAACAACCCACUGGUCUCCGACAAGGACAAGGCCAACAGCCUUCUCAGCACUUUGGUUCUCUUAAUUACCCAAACUAUUACCAGUCAGCUGGGAUCUCACUGGAACAUCAGCAGCAAAUUGCUAGAGACGGUUCGCUCGGUGGCUCACAAAGCCAGCAAGCUAAACAGUCCGCUCAGAUAUGGCAGAACACCUACUAAUCUUAUUCCUUCCCGUCUUUUUUAGGGUUUAAGUUCUCGGUUUGAAAGUGGCCAAUGAAAGGCAUCCAUCUGCAGAGUGGAAUCAUCAUGUAUCGUUUGGUGGUCCUUAAUGGACCUUGGCUGGCUGCCUCUUUGUGCCAUGAGGUUGUAUUUUACAGAUACCCUUUCGAGUUAGGUUAACUUAGGGACAUGUGCUAAUUCGGAAUGGUGGAUUUUUCUGUCGCUUGUUUCGUUCUGUUUUGCUUUGUUUUUUGCCUCCUUCCUUGUCCUUGUGUUUCGCUCUUUUCAUAGAGAAAUUGCAUUUACUUCAGAUGUA